GAGCCAGUGGCCGCACACCUUCGCUGCCCGGGGCUGAGCCGCGUCUCCAGCAAAGGGUUCUCCUGCUUCGCGGGCCACGAGCCGCUGCGGCCUGGGCGCCCCCGUCCCUCCUGCGGCACCCGCGUCCCCUCCGGCCCUGGGGCCCUUCCUGCGUUUACUCCGCGGCGCUUUGGUCCGGGGGACUUUGUUUUCUCCUCUUUCCUCUUUGUUGCUCUAAAACCGAAGCCCCCCACUCCGGAGGGAGCUGCCUCGCGGAGAAAGGCGCCGCUGCGGACUGGUACCACCGGCCUUUCCUGAGGACCCCGCAAGCCGGUGCGCCCACCCCGCCUGCCUUACUCGCCUCCUGCGUUCGUUCGCCUGAGGAAGGGUGCCGAGAACUCAUUGAUGCACCCAUUCCAGUGGUGUAACGGGUGUUUCUGUGGCCUGGGACUGGUUAGCACCAACAAGUCCUGCUCGAUGCCACCCAUCAGUUUCCAGGACCUUCCUCUCAACAUCUACAUGGUCAUCUUUGGUACAGGCAUCUUUGUCUUCGUGCUCAGCCUCAUCUUCUGCUGCUAUUUCAUCAGCAAACUGCGGAACCAGGCGCAGAGUGAGCGAUAUGGCUAUAAGGAGGUGGUGCUUAAGGGUGAUGCCAGGAAGUUACAGUUAUAUGGGCAGACCUGUGCAGUCUGUCUGGAGGACUUCAAGGGGAAGGACGAGCUAGGGCUGCUGCCGUGCCAACAUGCCUUUCACCGCAAGUGUCUUGUGAAGUGGCUGGAAGUGCGCUGUGUGUGCCCGAUGUGUAACAAGCCCAUCGCCGGGCCCUCAGAGGCCACCCAGAGCAUUGGGAUCCUGUUGGAUGAGCUGGUGUGAGGGCUGCCUCCUCACCACGGCCUGGAGACCUCCUGUCAUGAGUUCCUGGUCCCUCUGCACAGCCACAGGGAACAAGACCUUGGGGUGGUGACGCUCAUGCCUCACCUGAAGGCCGAGGCAGUGCAGGGCUGGUUGCUCACCGUCAGGUGCCACCAGACUUGCCCCUCCUUUCUGCUUCCUGAAGCCUCCUUCCCUGCUCCUCAGAACUGAUGGGGUGGCAGGACCCCCCCGAGGCCAUUGUGUCCUCGUACUGGACUGUCUGCCUGCCUUGUCCUUGAACUGGGGAAAGCAAUCCACCCCACUCUGGCCCAGAACUUGAAGCGUACCCUGAGCCUGCCCCUGAGGAGGACCUGCCGCCAUGACCUAGAAGGGAUGAGAUGGGCUUCGCCCCCGGUGACCUCCCCCAGCCCGCCAACCCCUUCCAGAGGAAGGGCAGAUGGGAGGGAACAGGCGGGAGCCCAGUGCCCCCAGUGGAAGCAGGAGGCUCUGCAGGCAAUCCGGAAGAGCAGGGCCACGCAAAAGAAAGUCGAUGUUUACACGGACCUGUGAAAACCCAGGCGGGCUGCCGCCGCUGACUGCAGGGUAACAGGGGCAGAGCCCUCCCCCUGCGAGGACUUGAGGUGCUAUCCGUUCCUGUCUUGUUCUUCCUCAGCUAAUCUCAGAGCCUCCUGCUCCAUCGUGGGGUUGAGGUACCCCCUAAGGAAAGGCUGGGUCUACACACAGAUAAAUUCCCAGGGGCUUUUUCUAAAGGAGCAAAAGGGGCCUGGGGAUGGGGUGUCUGACGGUUAAGGCAGCAACAGAUACCCUCUUCCCCUUUGUAAAUAGUAUUUUUGUACUUCCCACCCCCUCAGGCUUUAUACCUGGAAUCCCCUGAAUGGAGAAGAUGGGGUUUUCCAUUCCUCCCCCUAGUAGGUGAGGGUGGGAGAAAGGUAUGUAUUUAAGGAAAAUUAAAUUUAAUAAGUUUCUCUAAA